UGCAUAAAGCCCUUUCUGCAACCUCCUGUACCCUGUCCAAGUACUGUGCUGAGUGCCGUGCCUUUGUGCACGACUACAACUUGAGCCCCAUGGCCUCCUAGACCUUUGAUAGACAUUUGAUAUACCUUUGAAACAGGACGGUCCUGUACACAAAGCUGCCGCACGAUGCGUCGGACGGUCAUCGGGACGGUGGAGCUGCUGGGCCGGAGUGCCUCUCGGUCUGGCCCGGGGAUGAGCAGGCUUCCGAUGCUGCCACUGGCCAAAACAACCGCUACAGACAUCGUUAGGUUCCGCUCCACGUCCUCUAUGCAGGGGUACUCGGAGAUGGCGAGGGAAAGGUCCAAGACGGUCACCUCAUUUUACAACCAGUCUGCAAUUGACAUCUCCGCAGAGAAGGCCUCUGUUCGUCUGAUGCCAGCCACACUGUUGUAUGCUGGGAAAUCACCUGAUGGACAACACAUCCUGAGCAGUGCCAAGUACCUGCACAAGGAGCUGCCUGUGCGCAUCGCCCAUCGGAUCAAAGGUUUCCGCAGUCUGCCCUUUAUCAUCGGCUGCAACCCCACCAUCCUCCAAGUGCAUGAACUCUACAUCCGGGCCUACCACAUGCUCAUCGACUUUCCCUUGAUCAAGGACCAGGAGGUGGAAGCCAGCUUCAGUAAGCUGGUGCAGCAGCUGCUGGACGACCACAAGGACGUAGUGACGAUGCUGGCCGAGGGCUUCAGGGAGUGUCGUAAACACAUCAAGGACGAGACCAUCGUUCGGGGCUUCCUGGACACCACUCUGUGCUCCCGCCUGGGCAUCCGAAUGCUGGCCACCCACCACCUCUCCCUCCAUGAGGACAACCCGGACUUUGUGGGCAUCAUAUGCAGACGACUCUCCCCGAAGAAGAUCAUCGAGAAAUGGGUGGAUUUUGCGCGGCGGCUGUGUGAGCACCAGUACGGUAACUCGCCCCGGGUGCGGAUCAACGGCCACGUGGCCGCCCGCUUCCCCUUCAUCCCCCUGCCCCUGGACUACAUCCUGCCCGAGCUGCUCAAGAACGCCAUGAGAUCCACCAUGGAGAGCCACCUGGACACGCCUUACAAUGUGCCUGACGUCAUGGUAACCAUUGCCAACAACGACAUAGACUUUGUCAUCAGGAUCUCUGACCGCGGCGGCGGCAUCCCCCACGCCAACAAGGACAAGGUGAUGGACUACCACUUCAGCACGGCAGAGGAGAGCAACCAAGACCCCCGCAUGAGCAGCCUCUUCAACACCAUGACCAACAGCGGGCCCCAGUCCGGCCCCAUGCACGGGUUUGGCUUCGGGCUGCCCACGUCCCGGGCCUAUGCAGACUACCUGGGGGGGUCCCUCUCUAUCCAGUCCAUGCAGGGCAUCGGCACCGACGUGUACCUCCGCCUGCGCCACAUCGACGGGAAGGGGGAGAGCUUCCGGGUCUGACGGCCGCCAGCCUUUUGUAUUACCCCCCCCCCCCUUCGUUUUUUUCCAUCCCAUGUGGAGUUUUCCCUAUUUUUAAGGGGGGAGGGGUUAGAUGGUUUUGUUUUUGCUGUUCAUUACCAGGCCAACACUUGCAUACCCCCUUGAAGGACAUUUGGAGAUGAUUGAAGCCACUGAAGAAGCUAGACUAGUGCAGGUGCAUUAAUGGGUUAGUAUUGCCAUUCAUUAAGCGCCAGGGACAGAGCGGGGGGGUUGAAGAAUUCCUUGGGAAGGACUUAUGAGAUUUUGAAUGCAGUUGGCGGGAAAUAAUGUUGCUUUGUACACUCAAGUAGACCUCUGAUGAUUAUUAUUGGUAUUAAUAUAAUUACUUUGUUUUGGGCACAAAUACAGCUGCAGUAUCUGAGCUCCGUGUUUAAAUCCUUAUGAGUUCUAACCUUUCUUUGCGUAGUCACAUUUUUUUUUUAACACCAAAGUGUUUUUUCUCUUUUAGUGAUUUUAUGCUGAAGACUUUUCCCAACCGCAAUUGAGACAAUACUUUUCUACUGUUUAGUGGAACGGGGGGUGACGGAAAUUUUCCAUUUGGAUGACUGAAGACCAGAUUGAAGGCAGAAGUAAUUGAUAGCAACCAUGUUCAAACCCACCCACCUCAAAUCAUUUUUUUUUUUUUUUUUUUACACACCAGAGGAAACAGAAAAGUGAAUAAAAUAGUAGUAAUAGUAGUGUUGUUAGGGAAGGUCUCAGGUGAGCAGAGAGGUGGUCCGCUGCCUUACGAUGUGGUUUUACCAACUGUAGACAGUCAGCAUAACCGUGUAUUUCUGUUGCCUUUCAAUGUUGUCAUUUCUUUGUUUUGUUCUACGUUGACAGAUUUCUCUUUGGCAUUUCUAGUGCUUUUCAACAAUCAAGUUGUUGUUUUUUUACCUUCCAGAGAACAAUGUAGACACUCAAAGUUGUGGCUUAUUUAUAAAAGCUACUUGGAGAUUAUUAACUAUAUUUCAAAUAAAAAUGUUUGUUGUGGUUUGCACUCCCAUCCAAGUAA